AUGCAAGUCACAUAUGAGUACUUGCAAUUUAAUAACAAUCUCGCAUCAAAAAAAACUUUGAAUAUUAUUACUGGUAGUAAGAAUUCAUUUACUCCAUUUUCAAAUUUUACUCAAAAAAAAAUGUCUCAAUACAGAACUCGGUCUGUUAACGUACCCAAUACUUUAGAGCAUCGUAUUUAUAUUGAGGAUAUUAAUAACGGCGUUGUAGUUUCACCUUUCCAUGAUAUUCCUUUGUUUGCAAAUGAAAAUAAAACUCUCUUGAAUUUCAUUGUGGAAAUCCCAAGAUGGUCAAAUGCAAAAAUGGAGGAUGAACCUUUUAAUCCAAUAAAACAAGAUGUUAAAAAAGGAAAACUUCGCUAUGUUCGUAAUUGUUUUCCACAUCACGGUUACAUCUGGAAUUAUGGGGCAUUUCCUCAAACGUGGGAAGACCCAUCUCAAACUCACCCUGAAACUAAGGCCAGAGGUGAUAAUGAUCCAUUAGAUGUUUGUGAAAUUGGCGAACAAGUUGGAUAUACUGGUCAAGUUAAACAAGUCAAAGUGCUUGGAAUUAUGGCACUUUUAGAUGAAGGUGAAACUGAUUGGAAAAUUAUUGUAAUUGAUGUUAAUGAUCCAUUGGCUCCCAAGUUAAAUGAUGUUGAAAAACAUUUGCCUGGAUUACUUCGUGCCAGUAAUGAAUGGUUCCGUAUUUAUAAAAUUCCUGAUGGUAAACCAGAAAAUCAAUUUGCUUUUAGUGGUGAAGCUAAAAAUAAGAAAUAUGCUACCGAAAUCAUUCAUGAAACUCAUGAGGCUUGGCGUAAAUUAAUUUCUGCAGUAUUUGGAACUCCCGGUCAUGUAUCAGUUGAUGAUCCUUUAUUCCAAUCUAUUCCUCAUGAAUCACACACAGAACCUGCACCAGUUGAUGCUUCGAGAAAUGAACAGGAAAGCAACGGAAAAUCAACAAAUGAUGUCUGGUAUUUUCAAGAGGGCGGUCGGGACAUUAAAUCUGACACAGAAUUAAUCGUCUUUUGUUAG